UGGAAAUGGCUCUCAUGGGGAUGCGCAUUACAAGUCUUCCUGUCUUUGCAAAUCUGCAUUACAACUCUGGCGUUAGUUGGCAAAGUUGGUAGGAAAUGAGGUUGAUACUGUUGGCAAAAAAUGUUGGUGGUUGGCAAAAAAGUUGGUUGGUGGCGAAAAGUUGGUUGUUUGCGAGUAUAGUAUGGAGCGGCCGGGAGAUGAUGGUGAUGGCGCUUCGGUGUCCGCCUGACCUACCCCCCCUGCGUGUCAAGCCAUCUGCGGCCUGGGGCAGAGGGGGGGGCAAAGUGUGCUGCAAUUCCUUUUAGCAUUACAACUCUGGCGUGGGUACGUUUUUACUCAGGAUAUCCAAGCAGUGGACCAUAGGCGAGUGGGUGUUCGUUACCCGGGCGUUCGCGAGCCAGGUAUCGAUAUCCUCUGCAAAAGAAUCGCAGGCGCUUACUAUCGUGCGAAUUGCAGUAAUGCAUGACGAGUCUUCUUCUUUCUUUGCCUGAACCCGAAUCAGCAUUAACACCGCCUACUUUUAUUAGGAAUUUCUGCAAAUAAGGUUUGUCAUGCAAUUUCUGCUAGUACGGUCACGCCAGCGAUACUUUUGCAAUGUCGAUAAUCGAGAAGCGAUAACGAUUACAAUUUCUCCCUUCGGGACUUUCGGACGGGUAGCACGGUGCGCGCCUCCUUUUCACGCACGCCUCCGGAAGGAAGAGCCUUUGAGAUGAAACAAACAACCCCAGAAACAAGUGAAACCACUCGUGGCACGGAACGCUAUUUGACCGUCAGCUUCGCUGCCCAUGGUCCCGCGCGGCACUGGAGGUCCUACCAAUUAGACUGCGUUUUCAAGUUUGACAGCGCGGCGCUUGGAAGGGGGAUGACCGUAGAAAAGUUGCAGAUCGUCAGCGACCCCUUGAAUAAUGCCCUCCGUUUGUUCGGUAGCAUUGAGCUCUUGAUGCCUACGGAUGUCGAAAAGCCUAAAAGGCCGUCUAGCAUCUACCUAUAAUCGACGGGGACAACGCACGGUAUCUAGCACGUACCUACUAAAGAGGCUCUCGCUCCUUGCUUCUACCAAAGUGAUCUACUGGUGAAGCUGUUCAGUGGAAGCCCUCAUGCUUGUGUGCGGUCCUUCAGCACUGCAAACUCUGGCAAGUGGCAGCGUCGAGCGUUUAUCUACUGCAGUCCCUGGAUAUCCUGUGCAAAAGUAUCGCAUUCGUAUAAAUGCAAGUCUUGCAUUACAAAUUUUUUUCUUAAAGUAAAUCAGCAUGACAAAUUUCAUUUCUCAUACUUAGAAGAUUUGUCAUGCAUUUAUACGAGUACGAUACUUUUGCAGUUCAUACUGGAACUUUCCGACAACGAGUUACUAUUCUUGACAAGAACCACAACUCUGGUCAUUUUCAUAAGUACAAUGUAUAAUGAUAAUUUAAUGCAAGCGGUAUCUUAUUAUUUCUACAACAAGUAAGUACAACUGCCGGUUUGGGAGGUCGGUGCGUGCUUCUUCUGGCCAAGCUCGUCCAGAGGUAAUCACUGACUGUGGGACGUCGUUCAUGUAUGUGCUGCGUCAUGGCAUACGCAGUGGGUCCGGUGCUCGAGCUUUAGCGACCGAGCCGCUGUGGAGCUUAAGUGCUCCCCGCGCCGGACCUAAAAAACAAGGCUUAUUGCCUCGGCUCGGUCGUUGACCAGACCCGCCCUACACUUAUGCUCAGUGCUGCGGUGUGUGCGUUUUUGGUCCCCCCUGAACGACGUGUGUGAGAGUGUGGCCCACACCCAAGUCCGAAAAAACCUAGCCUUAUAACAGCCGCGCCCUUAUGGUAUAGAUCAACUGUUCGUCAUAGAGGAUCGGCGUUCAGCUGCUCUCGGGCUGGAGGAGGGAGUAGCACGCAGCAGUCCGCUAAAGGGCACACUGCC